GAGAAUUUGGCCUCAAAGACUUGCCAAGAUAGCUGGGCCAGGAAGAAAGCGCCGCAGCCCUGACCCAGACACCGUUGCUGACCCCGGGGCACUCUGGCUGUCGACUAAGCGGCUCAAGAUGUCUGGUGGGUCCAGUGCCACAGACCCGAGGAGGGGGCCCCCAGGACUGGAGGAGGCCGCUAGUAAGAAGAAGCAGAAGGAUCGAGCAAACCAGGAGAGCAAAGAUGGAGAUCCUAGGAGAGGGUCAGUAUCCAUUCCUCAAGAGGAGCAUACCAAAGAGGAGUUGUUGCUCGAUUGGAGGCAGAGUGCAGAUGAAGUAAUUGUCAAGCUUCGUGUAGGAAUGGGUCCCCUGCGGCUGGAGGAGGUGGAUGCUGCUUUCACAGACACGGACUGUGUGGUGCGGCUUCCAGGUGGUAGGCAAUGGGGUGGUGUCUUCUAUGCUGAGAUAGAAAGUUCUUGCACCAAAGUGCAGUCCCGCAAGGGUGGUCUCCUGCAGCUGGCACUACCCAAGAAGGUGCCUCUGCUCAUGUGGCCCUCUCUCCUGAAGAAACCUCUAGGGAGCCAGGAGCUGGCACCAGGACUGCGGUGCCAGGAGAAUGGGCAGGAGCUGGCUCCCAUUGCCUUGGAGCCAUGCCCUGAGCCCCGCCGGGCUAAGCAGGAGGCCCGGAACCAGAAGCGGGCCCAGGGCCGUGGUGAGGUAGGCUCGGGCACUGGCCCCGGGGCCCAGGCAGGGCCCAGCGCCAAGAGGGCUGUGCAUCUCCGCAGAGGGCCAGAGGGGGAAGGGUCCAGGGUUGACCCUGGACCCCAGGGCGAUGCCCCACCCUUCCUGGCUGACCUGGCCACCCAGGUUGAGGCUGAGGAACAGCUAUGUGUACCACCGCUGAACCUCCAAACCUGCCUCCUGGGCUCAGAGGAGAAUUUAGCCCUUUUGGCAGGAGAGAAGGCAGUGUCCCCCAGGAAUGACCCAGUCUCUCCAGCCAUGGCCCAGAACAUAGACCCUGGAAAAGAUGACCAUGUCAAGGAGAUGGCAGUGGCAGCAGAUGUUGGAAGCUUGGUGGAUGAGCCUGAGCCCAUGGUGAACCUGGCAUUUGUCAAGAAUGACUCAUAUGAGAAGGGGCCAGAUUCAGUGGUGGUGCACGUGUAUGUGAAGGAGAUCCACAGGGACACCUCUCGAGUACUUUUCCGCGAGCAGGACUUCACACUCAUCUUCCAGACCAGGGAUGGAAACUUCCUGAGGCUGCACCUGGGCUGUGGGCCCCACACCAUCUUCCGUUGGCAGGUGAAGCUCAGGAACCUGAUUGAACCAGAGCAGUGCACCUUCUGUUUCACGGCCUCUCGCAUCGACAUCUGCCUUCGUAAGCGGCAGAGUCAGCGCUGGGGGGGCCUGGAGGCCCCAGCUGCACGAGGUGCAGUGGGUGGUGCAAAGGUUGCCGUGCCGACAGGUCCAACCCCUCUGGAUUCAACCCCACCAGGAGGUGCCCCCCACCCUCUGACAGGCCAGGACGAACCUCGGGCUGUGGAGAAGGAUAAACCCAAGGCUCGAUCUGAGGACACAGGGCUGGAUGGUGUGGUGGCCCGCACCCCUGUGGAACAUGUAACCCCAAAGCCAGAGCCACACCUGGCCUCGCCCAAACCAACAUGUAUGGUGCCUCCGAUGCCCCACAGCCCCGUGAGCGGAGACAGUGUGGAGGAGGAGGAGGAGGAAGAGAAGAAGGUGUGUCUGCCAGGCUUCACUGGCCUUGUCAAUUUAGGCAACACUUGCUUCAUGAACAGCGUCAUUCAGUCUCUGUCCAACACUCGAGAACUCCGGGACUUCUUCCAUGACCGCUCCUUUGAGUCCGAGAUCAACUACAACAACCCGCUGGGGACUGGUGGGCGUCUUGCCAUUGGCUUUGCUGUGCUGCUCCGGGCACUGUGGAAGGGCACCCACCAUGCCUUCCAACCUUCUAAGUUGAAGGCCAUUGUGGCGAGCAAGGCCAGCCAGUUCACAGGCUAUGCACAGCAUGAUGCCCAGGAAUUCAUGGCCUUCCUGCUGGACGGGCUGCAUGAGGACCUGAAUCGUAUCCAGAACAAGCCCUACACAGAGACAGUGGACUCAGAUGGGCGGCCUGAUGAGGUGGUGGCUGAGGAAGCAUGGCAGCGGCACAAGAUGAGGAAUGACUCUUUCAUCGUGGACCUAUUUCAGGGCCAGUACAAGUCGAAGCUGGUGUGCCCUGUAUGUGCCAAGGUCUCCAUCACUUUUGACCCAUUCCUUUACCUGCCAGUGCCCUUACCACAGAAGCAGAAGGUUCUCCCUGUGUUUUAUUUUGCCCGAGAACCCCACAGCAAGCCUGUCAAGUUCCUGGUGAGCGUUAGCAAGGAGAACUCCAGUGCAAGUGAAGUGUUGGAUUCUCUCUCUCAGAGCGUCCACGUGAAGCCUGAGAACUUGCGUCUGGCUGAGGUAAUUAAGAAUCGCUUCCACCGUGUGUUCCUGCCCUCCCACUCACUGGACACUGUGUCCCCAUCUGACGUGCUUCUCUGCUUUGAGCUGCUAUCCCCAGAGUUGGCUAAGGAGCGGGUAGUGGUGCUAGAGGUGCAACAGCGCCCCCAGGUGCCCAGCAUCCCCAUCUCCAAGUGUGCAGCCUGCCAGCGAAAGCAGCAGUCAGAGGAUGAAAAGCUGAAGCGCUGUACCCGUUGCUAUCGUGUGGGCUACUGUAACCAGCUCUGCCAGAAAACACACUGGCCUGACCACAAGGGCCUCUGCCGCCCUGAGAACAUUGGUUAUCCCUUCCUGGUCAGUGUACCUGCCUCACGCCUCACUUAUGCCCGUCUUGCUCAGCUCCUAGAGGGCUAUGCCCGGUACUCUGUGAGUGUAUUCCAGCCACCCUUCCAGCCUGGCCGCAUGACCUUGGAGACCCAGGGCCCUGGCUGCACCACACUGCUCUCCACUAGCUCCCUGGAGGCUGAGGACAGUGAGAGGGACCCCAUUCAGCCACCUGAGCUCCAGUUGGUGACCCCUGUUGCCGAGGGGGACACAGGGGUUCCCCGGGCAUGGGCAGCCCCUGAUCGGGGUCCUGUGCCCAGCACCAGUGGAAUUUCUUCUGAGAUGCUGGCCAGUGGGCCCACUGAGGUUGGCUCCUUGCCUGCUGGUGAGAAGGUAUCCCGGCCUGAAGCUGCUGUGCCUGGGUACCAACACCCAAGUGAAGCCAUGAAUGCCCACACACCCCAGUUCUUCAUCUAUAAAAUAGACACAUCCAACCGAGAACAGCGGCUAGAGGACAAAGGAGAGACCCUACUGGAGCUGGGUGAUGACUGUAGCCUGGCCCUUGUCUGGCGGAACAAUGAGCGCCUACAGGAGUUUGUGCUGGUAGCCUCCAAGGAGCUGGAAUGUGCUGAGGAUCCAGGCUCUGCUGGGGAGGCUGCCCGUGCUGGCCACUUUACCCUGGACCAGUGCCUCAAUCUCUUCACACGGCCUGAGGUGCUGGCACCUGAGGAGGCCUGGUACUGCCCACAAUGCAAACAGCAUCGUGAAGCCUCCAAGCAGCUGUUGCUGUGGCGCCUGCCAAAUGUGCUCAUCGUGCAGCUCAAGCGCUUCUCCUUUCGCAGUUUCAUCUGGCGUGACAAGAUCAAUGACUUGGUCGAGUUCCCUGUUCGGAACCUGGACCUGAGCAAGUUCUGCAUUGGUCAGAAAGAGGAGCAGUUGCCCAGCUACGACCUUUAUGCUGUCAUCAACCAUUAUGGAGGCAUGAUCGGUGGCCACUAUACUGCCUGUGCACGCCUGCCCAAUGAUCGCAGCAGCCAGCGCAGUGACGUGGGCUGGCGCUUAUUUGAUGACAGCACGGUGACCACAGUAGACGAGAGCCAGAUCGUGACGCGUUAUGCCUAUGUACUCUUCUACCGCCGGCGGAACUCUCCUGUGGAGAGGCCCCCCAGGGCAGGUCAUUCUGAGCACCACCCAGACCUAGGCCCUGCAGCUGAGGCUGCUGCCAGCCAGGGACUAGGCCCUGGCCAGGCCCCCGAGGUGGCCCCCACGCGGACAGCCCCUGAACGCUUCGUCCCCCCCGUGGACCGCCCAGCCCCCAACUACAGCAACAUGGAGGAGGUCGAUUAGCAGGUCCCUGGCUGAUGGGGGUACUGGGUUUGGGAGAUCCUUCUCAGAGGGCCAGCUCUUUGCCGCUUCUCCUUCUCUAACCCAGAAGACAUUGGCUCCAUCAGCGGGGAGUUAAGGUGUAUGAUUUCGGGGUGGGACUUUAUAGGCUGGGACUUCUCAUCAGCUUGGCCCCUGACCAGUGGGUCUUGGUUUCUCCAGCUGCCUCCAGUGCUGCGUGAUUUGAUUCUCAGUUGUACCUUCAAUUCUUUCUGACCUGCAUUAUAAACGUUAUAAUUUUAUUCUAAAAAUUGUAAUUUUUUUUUUUUUUUUUUUGCAUUUUGGAAGUGAUUGCUGCUGUUUAAAUAUAUUUUAAAAAUAAAUAAUAAAUAAGCAGACUUAGUGACUAUGAUCCACCACA